UUCAGACAGCAGGUAUUCUACUUAAACAGUCCUCAACCAUCACUUCUCCGAGUUCACUUCAACAACACCCAAACUUACUUGCUAUCCAUUCAAAAAUCACCCAUCUUCUUACUCCGCCCAUCUUCAAGCUCAACAACCAUGCAACUUUCCAAGAUCCUCGUCGCCGCCUCCGCCCUUCUCUCCACAGCCUUCGCAGCUCCCCCCACGACCCGCGACAACCUUCCAACCUUCAACAUCUGGAACAAUUGCAGCUACCCGAUAUGGGUCACAACCGUUGACCGUAUUCGAUACAGCACCGAGUCUAUCAAUCCCCACGGAAUGUGGUAUCAAAAUCUGUACUAUGACGGCAUGACAGGAACCUCCCUCCAAAUCGCCAGAACCCCAACCGGUGUCGACUCCCUUUCUGAGCCUAUUCUCAACGCAGCAUACACAUACAACAAAGCCGAGAAAACUCUUUACUACGACCUCAGCACCGUCGGCGACCGGGGCUACCCUUUUCCCGGUGAAAUGCUAUUGUACUACGCCGCCAAAGACCCAGAAUCGUAUGUUACGUGGAAUGGAAGUAUUGGAGAGCAGACCACCAAGGCGUAUUUGGGUGGGGAGACGGAUUUGAUGUUACAUCUUUGUAUCAUUGUUUAG